AUGUGCUCCCAAGACAGGAGACAGCUCAGAAGUUACGAAUGCCUUGUGGGGGUCUUCGGAGUAGCAGAAGCGAUCAGCCUAGAACUCGUGCCCACACCAGAGCUGCCUGAGGAAUACGCCUACCCAGACUACCGCGGCAAGGGCUGCGUGGACGAGAGUGGCUUCGUGUAUGCAAUCGGAGAGAAGUUCGCCCCGGGUCCCUCAGCCUGCCCGUGUCUGUGUACCGAGGAGGGUCCCCUUUGCGCGCAGCCGGAGUGCCCGCGGCUUCACCCGCGCUGCAUCCACGUCGACACUAGCCAGUGCUGUCCACAGUGCAAGGAGAGGAAGAACUACUGCGAGUUCCGAGGCAAGACCUACCAGACUUUGGAGGAGUUCGUGGUGUCUCCAUGUGAGCGGUGUCGCUGUGAAGCCAAUGGUGAAGUGCUGUGUACAGUGUCGGCCUGUCCCCAGACGGAAUGUGUGGACCCCGUGUACGAGCCUGACCAGUGCUGCCCCAUCUGCAAAAACGGCCCAAACUGCUUUGCAGAAACUGCUGUCAUCCCAGCUGGUAGAGAAGUGAAGACCGAUGAAUGCACCAUAUGUCACUGUACUUAUGAGGAGGGUACGUGGAGAAUCGAACGGCAAGCCAUGUGCACAAGACAUGAAUGCAGGCAAAUGUAG